AUGGUAUGGAAGUCACCUGGUGGACAGUUCCAUAAUGAAAUAGACCACAUCAUCUUCAAUCGGAGAUUUUGCCUGACUGACGUCGCUGUUGUUCCGAUGUUCUACAUGGAAUCGGACCAUCGUCUCCUCCGCGCUAGAUUCUGCUUCUCAGUGCGUGGGGAGAGAGCUAUGAAGUUUAGGAAACGAAGCUCCAAGACCACCAUCGACUGGGACCACUUCGCUUCCCUUUCGAGUAAAUGGGAAGAUUCCGUUAUCGACAGCAUCGAUGAAGAAUACAAUCGGCUCGUUGAACAUCUUCACGAUAGCGCUAGGAAAGCAGAGAGUGGCUCUUCGAAGACUCUCGAGCUGAUACGUCGGCUUGUAAUCGAGCCACAGGCAAUCAUCAACAGACGUUCGAACUUGCUGAAGCUAUGCAGAGAAGCGAUAAAGGAAGAACUGAAAGAGAGAAGAGCAGCAGUUAUUGACGAAGCCGCCGAGGCUGGAAAGAGCAUUCGCAAAGCCUGA